AUGAGUCUGAGUCGUACCAAGAGAAUCAGCUCCAGCAGCUCAGUGCGGAGCAGCAGCACGUCCAGGAGGCUGAGCGGCUACGGUCCAGGUCAGGGGGCCUUCACCGGCGUCUCCCUGAGCAGCAGCUCUCUGUACGCCGGUGCCAACGGGCACCACCACGGCCUGGGGGCCCCCCUGGCGUCCCUGUCGGUCAACAAGAGCCUGUUGGCCCCCCUCAACCUGGAGAUCGACCCCAACCUGUCGAUGAGCCGAGCCCACGAGAAGGAGCAGAUCAAAAGCCUCAACAACCGCUUCGCAAGCUUCAUCGACAAGGUGCGUUUCCUGGAGCAGCAGAACAAGAUGCUGGAGACGAAGCUGGAGCUGCUGCAGGGUCAGGGCGUGGGCCGCUCCAACGUGGAGCCCCUGUUCGAGGCCUACAUGGCGGGCCUGAGGCGCCAAAUGGACCUGGUCAACAACGACAAGACCAAACUGGACGGGGAGCUGAGGAACAUGCAGGGCCUGGUGGAGGACUAUAAACACAAGUACGAGGACGAGAUCAACAAGAGGAACAACCUGGAGAACGACUUUGUUAUCCUGAAGAAGGAUGUGGACUCGGCCUACCUGGUGAAGGCAGAUCUGGAGGACAAGGUGGGAGCUCUGACUGACGAAAUCAACUUCCUGCGCAACGUCUACGAUGAGGAGCUGCGUGAGCUGCAGGCCAGCAUCAAGGACACGUCGGUGGUGGUGCAGAUGGACAACAGCCGCAGCCUGAACAUGGAGCAGAUCGUGGCCGAGGUCAAAUCCCAGUAUGAGGACAUCGCAGCCCACAGCCGAGAGGAGGCCGAGGCCUGGUACAAGAGCAAGUUCGACCAAAUGUCGGUUCAGGCCAGUCAGUUCGGAGACGAGCUCCGCGUUGUGAAGGCGGAGGUGGCCGAGGUCACGCGACUGAUCAGCCGGCUGCAGAGCGAGAUAGAGGCCGUCAAAGCUCAGCGUGGCAGUCUGGAGAACCAGCUGGCUGAGGCGGAGGAGCGCGGGGAGCUGGCCGUGAAAGAAGCCAAGGCCCGAACCAGAGAUCUGGAGGACGCCCUGCAGAGAGCCAAGCAGGACAUGGCCAGACAGCUCCGAGAGUACCAGGACCUGAUGAACCUGAAACUGGCUCUGGACAUUGAGAUCGCCACCUACAGGAAGCUGCUGGAAGGAGAGGAGGACAGACUCGGACACCAGUCCAUCCUCAACAUUCAGAACGUCUCCAGCUACAGUACUAAAAGUAAUAACGGUUACCACAGUAACAGCAGCUCUCCUGCUCCAAAGCUGCUGAUAAAGACGACUGAGACCAGAGACAACAGCAGAUACAGCACACACUGAGCAACACACACACACACACACUGAGCAACACACAAACACACACACACAAACACUGAGCAACACACACAUACACACUCACUGAGCAACACACACAAACACUGAGCAACACACACACAUACACACUCACUGAGCAACACACACACACACACACUGAGCAACACACAAACACACACACACAAACACUGAGCAACACACACAUACACACUCACUGAGCAACACACACAAACACUGAGCAACACACACACACACACACACACAAACACUGAGCAACACACACAUACACACUCACUGAGCAACACACACAAACACUGAGCAACACACACACAUACACACUCACUGAGCAACACACACACACACACACACACUGAGCAACACACACAUACACACUCACUGAGCAACACACACACACACACACACACACACUGAGCAACACACACACACACACACACUAAGCAACACACACAAACGCACACACACACACUGAGCAACACACACACACAAACACUGAGCAACACACACACACAAACACUGAGCAACACACACACACACUGAGCAAGACACACACUGAGCAACACACACAAACACACACACAAACACUGAGCAACACACACACACACACACACUGAGCAACACACACACACACACACACUGAGCAACACACACACUGAGCAACACACACACACACACACACACAAUGAGCAAGACACACACACUGAGCAACACACACACACGCACACACUAACACUGAGCAACACACACACACUGAGCAACACACACACACACACUGAACAACACACACACACAAUGAACAACAUACACACACACUGAGCAACACACACACACACUGAACAACACAAACACACACACAGACACACACACUGAGCAACACACACACAAACAAACACAUAUCUCUAAAUGUGUGUGGUGCAUUUGAUUACUAUCUUUUCCUUAGAAUGAUUUUAAAAUGAAUUAUCGAGGCAUAAAACACAAACAUUCUAACUUCAUUUAUCAAUAUUUCGUGUGUUGAUUGUAGUUUUUAAAGUUGAUGUUGAUGUUUGUGGAAAUUUGAAUGAAUCAAACGCUGUAGUUGACCGCUGCUUUAUUGUCCAUGAUCAUUUAAUCUUUGGUGAGAAGAAUAUACAACUUUUUUAGUGUUGUGGAUAUUUCCUGGAUAUAUUAUACAUGGUGUACUAGUGAUAUAGGGUGUGUCUGUGUUUUGUAUCCGACACAAAGUUGUUUUACACCAAAAAUCUUUUGUGGAAAUUUGCUUUUUGAGAUUGAUGAGGGUAAACUUUUCAUCUUUGUUAAUGAUUUGGUCCCUGAGCUUUAAGUUUCUUUU